AUGCUCCCCGAUUCUGCCGCCGCCCGGUGGCAGGCGCUCCUGCUGCUGCUACUGCUGCUGCUGCCGUUGCCGCCGCUUGCCCGCGGCGCUCCAGCCGGGAGGGCGACCCCGGGGCCGACUUCGGAAGUGGUAGUGCCCAAGCUGUUGUCGCGCAGCACCGGCGAACUCACGUUCCACCUGUCCGCCUUCGGCAAAGACUUCGUGCUGAGCCUGACGCCCGACCCCAGCUUCCUGGCGCCGGAGUUUAAGAUCGAGCGUCUGGGGGGCUCCGGCGGGUCGGCCGGGGGAGAGCGGGAACUACACGGCUGCUUCUUCUCCGGCACGGUGAAUGGGGUGCCUGAGUCGCUGGCGGCCUUCAGCCUGUGUCGCGGGCUGAGCGGCUCCUUCCUCCUGGCCAACGAGGAGUUCACCAUCCAACCGCAGGGCACUAGGGACUCUCUGAACCGGCCGCACCUCCUACAGCGCUGGAAACUUGGGGAGCGCAGCGGGGAACCGGGGCUAACUGCAGCCGAAGCCCGCCCCCUCCCUCGAGGACCCGAAUGGGAGGUGGAGACCAAAGAGGGUGAGGAGCAGGAAAGAGAGGAUGAUGAGCAGGAGGACGACGAGGAGGAGGAGGAGCGCAAAGAAGAGGCAGAAGGCACCAGUGAACUGCCACCACCCUUGGGGGCCAAGAGUAGGACCAAGCGGUUUGUAUCUGAGGCUCGCUUCGUGGAAACACUGCUGGUGGCCGAUGCGUCCAUGGCUACCUUCUAUGGGGCCGAUCUGCAGAACCACAUGCUGACCCUGAUGUCAGUGGCAGCCCGCAUCUACAAGCACCCCAGCAUCAGGAACUCCAUCAAUCUCAUGGUGGUCAAAGUGUUAAUAGUGGAAGAUGAAAAAUGGGGCCCAGAGGUGUCAGACAAUGGUGGGCUUACACUGCGCAACUUCUGCAACUGGCAGCGGCGUUUCAACCAUCCCAGUGACCGCCACCCGGAGCACUAUGACACGGCCAUCCUGCUCACCAGACAGAACUUCUGUGGGAAGGAGGGGUUGUGUGACACCCUGGGUGUGGCAGACAUCGGCACAAUCUGUGACCCCAACAAGAGCUGCUCCGUGAUCGAGGAUGAAGGGCUCCAGGCGGCCUACACCCUGGCCCAUGAGCUAGGGCACGUUCUCAGCAUGCCCCAUGAUGACUCUAAGACCUGUGCACGGCUGUUUGGGCCUAUGGGCAAGCACCACAUGAUGGCACCGCUCUUCGUCCACUUGAACAAGACGCUGCCCUGGUCUCCAUGCAGUGCCAUGUACCUCACGGAGCUCCUGGACGAUGGCCACGGCGACUGUCUCCUCGAUGCCCCCACCUCAGCCCUGCCCCUGCCCACAGACCUCCCAGGCCGCAGAGCCCUCUAUCAGCUGGACCAACAGUGCAAGCAGAUCUUUGGACCUGGUUUCCGCCAUUGCCCCAACACCUCUGUGCAGGACAUCUGCACCCAGCUCUGGUGCCACACAGAUGACUCUGAGCCCCUUUGUCAUACAAAGAAUGGGAGCCUGCCCUGGGCCGAUGGCACCCCCUGUGGACCUGGGCACAUCUGCUUGGAUGGCAGCUGUCUGCCAGAGGAGGAAGUGGAUAGGCCCAAGGUUGUGGUGGAUGGAGGCUGGUCCUCAUGGGGGCCCUGGGGAGAAUGUUCCCGGACCUGCGGAGGAGGAGUACAGUUUUCACACCGUGAGUGUAAGGACCCAGAGCCUCAGAAUGGAGGAAGAUACUGCCUGGGUCGCAGAUCCAAGUACCAGUCAUGCCACACGGAGGAAUGCCCAUCUGAUGGGAAAAGCUUCAGAGAGCAGCAGUGUGAGAAAUAUAAUGCUUACAAUUACACUGAUAUCGACGGAAAUCUCCUGCAGUGGGUCCCCAAAUAUUCAGGGGUGUCCCCCCGGGACCGCUGUAAGUUGUUCUGCAGAGCCCGGGGGAGGAGUGAAUUCAAAGUGUUUGAAGCCAAGGUAAUCGAUGGAACUCUAUGUGGUCCAGAGACUCUGGCCAUCUGCAUCCGAGGCCAGUGCGUCAAGGCUGGCUGUGACCAUGUGGUGGACUCACCUAGGAAGCUGGAUAAAUGUGGUGUGUGUGGGGGCAAAGGAAACUCAUGCAGGAAGGUCUCCGGUUCCUUUACCCCUUCCAGUUAUGGCUACAAUGACAUUGUCACCAUCCCAGCUGGUGCCACAAACAUUGAUGUGAAACAACGGAGCCACCCAGGGGUCCAGAAUGAUGGCAGCUACCUAGCAUUAAAGACCACUGAUGGGCGGUACCUGCUCAAUGGCAACCUGUCCAUCUCUGCCAUAGAGCAGGACAUCUUGGUGAAGGGGACCAUCCUGAAGUACAGUGGUUCCAUUGCCACCCUGGAGAGGCUACAGAGCUUCCGGCCCCUACCUGAGCCUCUGACAGUGCAGCUCCUGACUGUCCCUGGUGAGAUCUUCCCACCGAAAGUCAAAUACACCUUCUUUGUUCCAAAUGAUGUGGAUUUCAGCAUACAAAACAGCAAAGAGAGAGCAACCACCAACAUCAUCCAGCCACUGCUCCAUGUGCAGUGGGUGCUAGGGGACUGGUCUGAGUGUUCCAGUACCUGUGGAGGUGGUUGGCAGCGGCGGACUGUGGAGUGCAGGGAUCCCACAGGCCAGGCCUCCACCACCUGUAGUAAGGCUCUGAAACCUGAGGAUGCAAAGCCCUGCGGAAGUCAGCCAUGUCCCCUGUGA